CUCACCACUACACACACUGUGACUCUGACAACAUGUGGGUACAUCAGCUGGUUCUCCUGGUCUCCCUGGCCAUGGUGGUGUGUGGGGGCGUGGUGAGCGAGGCGGGCCUGGCUGGUCGACAGGGGUCAGGCGCCGCCUUGUGUCAGUCCACCGUGACGCUCGACUUCUCCUUCGACCAGCCUCAAGUUAAUUGUGCUCCUUGUGAAGAGACACUGCAGAUGGUGGCAGCUGGCCCAGUGUACACACGUAAUGGUCGUCUGGCUGUGCUGGGCCUCAUGGUGAUGGUCGAACACAACAUGGACGGUAGCAUGACCUGCUCCCUCGUGCAUGACGAGCCAGAUGUUCAGCUCCUUCAGUCACAGCUACAGAGGGAGGCUUGUGGUGGAUCAUCAACCAUAUCUUCGACAGUGGUGACACAAUCCUCAGGUGCUACAGGAGUGACACAAUCCUCAGGUGCUACAGGAGUGACACAAUCCUCAGGUGCUACAGGAGUGACACAAUCCUCAGGUGCUACAGGAGUGACACAAUCCUCAGGUGCUACAGGAGUGACACAAUCCUCAGGUGCUACAGGAGUGACACAAUCCUCAGGUGCUACAGGAGUGACACAAUCCUCAGGUGCUACAGGAGAGACACAAUCCUCAGGUGCUACAGGAGAGACACAAUCCUCAGGUGCUACAGGAGUGACACAAUCCUCAGGUGCUACAGGAGUGACACAAUCCUCAGGUGCUACAGGAGUGACACAAUCCUCAGGUGCUACAGGAGAGACACAAUCCUCAGGUGCUACAGGAGUGACACAAUCCUCAGGUGCUACAGGAGUGACACAAUCCUCAGGUGCUACAGGAGUGACACAAUCCUCAGGUGCUACAGGAGAGAACCUAGUCACAGAGACCACCACCAACCAUUACACAGAAGACACUGAGACACCGGUUGAAUGUAUCCAAAAAUAAUUUGAUCCCACCACAGGUUGUAAGGGAUUGUAGUAUGGCCUCAUUCAGUUAUAAAACUUGUGUAGAAUAUCCCAUUAAAAUCAUGAAAAAUAAAAGCAUUGGAACAAUUCGGUUUUGCCCUUAAAUUUAAACACUUGUUGGUGAAUGUAUUUUAAUUACAGAGGAGAUAAAUAAGUAAAAUUUUAAACCAAA